UCAAGAACAUUAAUGAAGAUUCUUCUAGCAUAUUGCUGAUUAAUAAGUUAAAGGGUAUUUUCCGAUAUACGACUGCGAAUAAAGUUCACCUAGCAAAUCACUGGUAAUAGUCCACAUCAUUCAGAAUUAGACUCCGUAUCAGGCAUGCGCAUCAGAUAAGAUCACUACGUGUCCCCGACACCAGCAUGCAGGAAUCAAAAUUAUCGGGCGAAAAGAAAAAAGUGAUUUUUAAUGCCGUAGACUCCUACGAAAUGUUUCUCGACAUGGAUGGCCCAAACCCCAUAAAUUUUAACAAAAUUUUUAUACUUUUCCUCAUCCCUUAAUCCGUGCUGUGGGUAGAAAGAUGCCUGCUGCGUAUCUCUAUUUUCGAAUCCCAAUGGUCAAAUACCAUCCAUACAAGCAUACUUUCAUGUGCUUUUAUAAUAAUGGAUGAUCCCGUCCCAAGAGCUGCCAUGACGUUCUGUUGUUCCGUGUUUUGAUUUACUGAUGCUUCUUGCUCCAUUCUCGAUAUCUUCCUCAGCGUAUUGAUAAUGCCAUCGCUGGUGGCCGCGGCGUCUGCUCCGGCGGGAUAUGUUGUGGAUUUUGCCAAUCCGGCGAGGAAGGGGGAUCUAUCGGGCUAUUGGGUUUUUGGCGUGGGCAUGGUGUUGAGUUUUUCGUUUUUGUGUAUGAGGGUUUAUACCAAGGUGGUUGUUGCGAGGAACUUUGCUAUUGAGGAUGGUAGGUCAUCUUUCGCUGGAAACAUGUAUGGAUGGGAUUUGCUAACGUCUUUGGUGAAUGUAGUUUGUUUGAUUUUGGCUUGGGUAAGUCACUUACUUGGCUUGAGUUACUUGGGAUCGCGUUGUAUUGAUUGAUGGAAUAGCUUGCCGGGGUAAGUGUGCAGGCUCUUCUCGUUUGUAAGUUGAGAACCUGUUGUGAGAAAUAAAGCUAAUAGGAUAUAGUCAUGUGGCUGAACAAAGCUAUUGGAGUACAUAUAUACGAAAUGCCAGUAGAAGUAUUUAAUUUAUACACCAAAGUAAGUUCUCAUCACUACUCACCACUCUCCAAUCCAUCUGACAACUUUGAUAUAGAUUAUUAUGAGCGCCUUUGUAAUAUACGUAGCUUGUCUCGGCCUAUCCAAAAUUUCCCUCCUCCUCUUUUACAACCGAUUAUCACCCGUACGAUGGUUUCGCACAGCCGUUUACUUCCUCAUGUUUAUUGUAUUCGCCUAUAGCAUCGCCUUCAUCUUCGCACUUAUUUUCCCAUGCAGGCCUGUGGCAAGAAAUUGGGAUAUUCGCAUUAAAGAUGGAGAAUGUAUUAAUCGCGCAGCGAUAUAUACUGCUGGCGCGGCCGUGAAUAUAACUACCGAUAUUGCACUUCUCGCCUUACCCAUUCCAAUGAUUGUGGAUUUGCAGAUGCCCAAGAUACAGAAGGCGGGGUUGAUUUUUAUCUUUAUGGUUGGUUCAAUGUAGGUGGAUGGUUUCUUCACUUGAACUGAUUUCUAAUAUGAGAGGUAGUGCUGAUGUUUGAUGAUGCAGGACAUGUGUAACGAGUAUAAUUCGUUUAAAGGUCAUAUUACCUCUCCUUGUAGAUAACGAUGAAACAUGGGAAGUUUCCGUUCCAUGCAUAUGGACGUAAGUAUCUUUCUCCAGUUCAUCAACCCAAAAUCAAAAUCAACCUUGCGAACAUACUAAUCCUAAUCUCACCCCAACAGUAUCGUAGAAGCCAACCUGGUAAUAAUCUGCGGUUCCUUCCCUAUCACGCGCCAAUUCUUAAAACAUGUCGUCCCUCGGUGGAUAGGCGAGUCAUCAUCCCCUGCAGCAAACUCCAGAUACCGCAGCAGACAUCCAUAUGAUCUCGAAACCAUCGGACACCGAUCACCAAAGAAGAAGCGUUCACGAUACGGCAUGGAAUCAUUGGACGAUGGAGAUAAUGAUAAUGAUUUAGAGCUAGAUGGAAGGUUUGCGGAACAUAAAGUUGAGAUUCAAGCGACGGGAGGGGAGAGAAGUGGGGAUAUUGGAGAAGAGGUAGAGGAUGCGGGAAGCGAAACGGGAAUUGUGAAGACGAAUGUUACGAAAGUGACGUUUUCGAAGAGAGAAACAUGGGAAGACAAGGACUCGCUUGCGUCAUGAAGCAAGCGAGGGGCGAAAUGUUUCUUUGGUGCAACUUAUGUACUCGAGUAACAACAAUUACAAUUAUGGUUUCUGGGUAUAGACUAGACGAUAAUCUAGGAAAAUAGAUGGCUGGAUGGUAGGGUAAUUAAUUCAUUGUCCAUGUCCAUGUCCGUGUCAGUGUCAAUAUGGCAUCGCAAUGUUAUUUACAAAAUUAUUUCAGGGAAACUCAGUGAUUAAGAUUCAAGUAGAAGUUUUUCUCCCCCUCUUCCAGCUUCUUCUGGUGUUCAGUAUUUCCAUAUCUAAGGUUAGAUUAGAUAGGUUAAGUCUUGCAACGGAAAAGUUAAGUCACCAUAAUUAUAAUAUAACCUUAUAAUUUUCACACUUACAUUUACAUUUAGAUCUACAUCUUCAAAGCCAAUUCAAUGCAAUUCAACACAGUUAUUUCUUAUUUUUUGCAAAUAAAUAAAU